AGAAAUGGUGAAAGGUUUUGUGAAAAUCAUACGAGAACAUCAGCCUGAAUUGAAAAGCGAGUUUGUUCAAGGAUCAAUCGCCUUGAUGGGACAAAUUUCACACUGUCACCUAAAGAAUAGAAACUUCAGCAUCAUAUUACUCAUUAUUUUCUGUUUCUCAAUUAUCCUGUGAUGGUGCUGUAUUUUUUUCACUAGUCUCAUAUUAUGAAAUUUAAUGUCAUGUUGUUUUAUCUGAGAUAAGAGGUUAUACAAAUUUAGUUUCCUUAUAGUUUAUAUUGUUCCAAGUCUGUAAUUAUAUUUAUGGUUCUAGAUUUCUUUUAGCUUAUAUGUAUGCAAACAUAAUAUACUUUUGUACUGUUACAAUAUUUCUUUUAUACAUAUGGUUACAUAUAGUCUGAAUAUAAUUUUCUUCUUUAUCUAAACUUUCCUUAUAAUAAAUACAUUUUUAAUAUAUCUUCAUUGGUGGAAAACAAUUCGAUUACAAAGCAAUUAUAUUAAAAUAAAUCAAAGAGAGUACAUGUAGAAAUGUUAAUUAAAUAGUGUAAACACUUGAAUGUAUAAAAAUACAAACUCAUUAUGUUUUUCUUUUAAAUCUGGCUUCGGAACACUCGGAAUUUGGAGACAAGAAUUCCAAAGGCAUUUUCAGAAAACCGUCGUGUUCUUGACAACCUAUAAUUUACUAUUCUUUGCUCAUUGGUUAUAUUUCUACCCGGGUAAGGCUUCAUUAAGUAGCACUUUAGAGGAAAUGCGUCAUCACCUACGAUUCUAUAGAGCACUCUGGUAUAGGUAUAGGGCAACUAAUCGUUUUGAGGAAUUUGUAGUUGCUGCUUCUCAACGCAGCCUCUCAGAGUACAUUUACCCCACACCCCAGCAUCUCUAGCACGUCCCUUGGCUUCAAUAUCACCAUACAAGAAUUAAUGAUUGGCAUACACCAAGGCUAACAUUAUAAUGCUAUGGUGGGUUUCGUAAUCAAAAUACUCAGGCCCUGAGUUGACAGGCUUUCUCACUAGCACUCUUUUGCCAUCCAAAGCCCCGAAACAAAAGGGGAAAUUCCACAUAUCAUGGAAGGCAGAAGCUACAGCUUGCCAUUCUGCAGAUGCCGUUGGUAAUUUGAGGUAUGUUUCCCUUAAUACAGCAUAAAUAGCCUGGCAGACUUCAGGAAUUACAGCUGAUAUAAGGUUGUGGCUGAUUCUGGGUACGACCAUGAUAAUGAACGCCGUGAUUGUCCUAUGGAAUGAAGAAAAGUUUUAAAAUUAAUUUGCUCGUAUUACAUUAAUAACCUAUUUAUCCAUUACAAAACCAUUAAUUAUUGUUAAAUGAUAAGAGACAAUAUGUCUGAAUAUUAUGUUUAACUUUGAGGGCUUAACCCCAGAUGUAUAUUAAAUGACCUUAUUAUCUUUUUCAGCAUGGCAGAUCAAGGCUAUUAAAUUGAAGGCCUACUAGCUGACUUUCACUAUCCACUGAAAUCAUGAAAGCAUGAUUUUGGAAAUAAACAAUAGCAGUGGUCUAGAAUUUUUCAUCCUCAUUUUUUUUUUAGCUUACCUGUGGCCAGAUAGAAAAGUGUUAUAGCCUAUCGCUGAUCAGGCGGAAUUGCUUUUCUGAUAUUUGUAUCUUCUUUCUUCAUAAGUUG